AACCGAGUUAUGGUCCGCUUUGGUGGUACGAAUUUCUUGACCUACAGUUCUUAGAAUAUUGGGACGAAAGUCACAUAGGUCAAUGCAGAAUUUCAAGGGCUAUCAAUUGGUGAAAAAAGAUCGGACCUUCGACUUAAGACGGCGGAGUUAUUCGCAUUAUACAUAGAAGCCCUAAAAACACCGAAAACGGCAAUAACUCCGGCCCAUUAACUCAAAUCUUCUUAAUUCACCCACCGUUAGAAAAAGCGUCGAAAACUGCACAACAUGGUGGGUGAGCAAAAGGGGUUCGACUUACUUGGAUUGAGAUAGAUGCAGAACAAGAGAAAGGACAAAUGCAGAUCGCUUAAACUUUUGUCCUCGACUGUACUUAAAUUUAAUUUAAAAAACCUUCAGAAAACAUCUUUGAAGAACCUAUAAUAUAUGAUUCAAUGUGACUUCAUUUCUUCAUUCUAUUGAUAAAAACUCUCGUGAUUUAUCCUGUUCUCUGAUCAAAACGACUUAUUUUAUACAAUUAUCUUAAAAUUUCUCAUUAAUUUUAGUAUGCAAUCAAACAAGUCUUUCGUAUUGAUUUAAAUUUACAUCGUUUUCCAUUACUUGAAUGUAUAUCUUUAAUUGAUCCAACCAUAGAAGAAUUGAAUCUUAUUUUUUCAAAAUUAAAACAUAUGUCUAUUCGAAUAUUAAAUAUUCGUAUUCAACGACCAUCAUCAUCAACAAAUGAAAUAACUUAUAAAAGUUGUUUACAACAUCAUUUAUUUGGUUCAACACAAAAUAAAACAUUAGAAUCAAUAUCUGUUGAAAUGCAUAAUAAUGAUUAUUUACAAUUUAUUGAUAAAACUGAUAUACCUGCAAUUUAUGAUAAUUUAAAAGAAUUAAAUAUUCCAUUAAGAUCAUUCGAUAGUCUUCUAUUACUUUUAGAACAUGUACCUAAUUUAAAAAAAUUAUGUGUUAAAUUAUUUGCUGAUCAAACACCAUUAAAUGUACCAUUAUGUGGUAAACCACCAAUAAAUUUAAUUGAUUUUGAAUUAGAUGUUACUGGAAGUGAAUUAAAUUUUGAUCGUUUUGUUUUAUUAAUGACAAGUCGAAUACGUGCAGCAAAAUUAGAAAGACUAGCAUAUUUUAAUCGUACAACUAUGGAUCAAAAUUAUUUUAAGUAAGUAAAAAAAAAUAUUUAUUUCAUUUAUAAAGAUAUUCGCUCAAUGUUUGAUUAUAUUUACGUUUAAUUGAGAACAAAAAACUCGUAAUAUAUUUAAAGUCAAGAUUAAUUUGUUUCAUUAUUAUUAGAUUUACCGUUGCAUUCCUUAUUCAAACUUUCUUUAAAAUUAAAAUUGAUUUCUUUCUAAAUGAAAUGCUAUUUGAAUCUGUUUAAUUUUGAUUUUCUCAAAGAUCUCUAGUAAAAAAUGUUUGAUAUAAAACAAAAUUGAUCUAUUAAGAUUAGAAAAAGGAAAGGAAUAAAUUCUAUUGUUCUUCAUUAAACAAAACUCUAAAAUUUUGAUUAUUUUUACAACAAUCAUUCGAUAAUAAGAAUAGCAAACUUCUGUUACUAUAAAUUACUAAAAGAAACAUAACUCAUAUCGUACGUUUAUCUUUUACAAUCGGUAGUAGAUUGUUGGUAUGAAGGCAACUAAAUCAUAGCCGUUAGAUGAUACACUCUACUAAUCAAACAACCAUUUCAAAACACAAAAGAUUGUGAAACAUAUCGUUAUAAAAUUUAGUUCAAAUGAUAUUUCGUUAAUCUAUUUUAUAUGGCUCAUGGUUAAAUACGUGCAAGAUGGUCUCGGUUUUGGCACGGCCGAGAUCGGUACCAGAGCAUACACUUUUCUGUUGAGAAUAAUACCUUUUAUGCUCAUGUAAAACUUACGUCGAAUGACAUAUUGUCAUGACUCACGUGUUCUAAGAUUUUCAAAAUUACUAAUGAGGGAACUGAUGGAAGUGAUUCGCCGAUUUUGAGCUCAUAUUUUUGGCAUAUAGAGGAGACCUCUAGACUAGAAUAACCCUAAAAGAAUUUGGGUCCAUAGACCUCUUCUACAGAAUUAUAGUCAUUUUACUUUAGUUUUAGCAUAUGACACGGUAUGCACCAACAAAGAGACUGAUUAUAUUUGGACCUGAAAUCUUGUCCACAGAUAAGUCUACUUGUAAUUAGAAUGCCGUGAAAAUUUCAGCUCAAAAGAAUGUUUUCUUCGCGAGAUAUUGAAUUUUCAAAAAUCACACAGAUCCUAUACAAGAUAGAAGAACCUCAAAUUUUCCCAACAUUCAUAUCUCGCGAAGGUAACAUUCUUUUGAGUUGAAAUUUUCAGGCCAUUCUAAUUACAAGUAGACUUAUUUGUGAACAAUAUUCCAGAUCCAAAUACCAUCAGUCUCUUUGUUGGCACAUACCGUGCCGUGUGUUAAAACUAAAGUAAAAUGACUAUAAUUCUGUAGAGAAGGUCUAUGGACCGAAAUCCUUUUAGGAUUAUUCUCGUCUAUAGAUCCCCUCUAUAUGCCAAAAAUAUGAGCUCAAAAGCGGUGAAUCACUUUGAGCAGUUCCCUCGUACGAUAUAAGCAGGUAGUUUCAAUAAAAUUUCAGUAGCUAUGUGAAUUUCAUAAACAUUCAUAUAGAUAAAUGAAAUUAUAAGUCUAUAGAAAUAUAAAAACUUAUCCUCAAAAAUAUAAGCAUUUUUGACAAUUCCUUAGUAGAUGCCAAAAUUGCUCAUGGACUUUCUCAGAAAUUAUCUUCUUAUAUGUUAGUAGUUAUCGAAAUAACCUUCUCAUGUGUUGAUAAUUUCGGAAGUUUCUCAAUAUUUAUCUCUUCUGAAUAGAUAUGGACAAAGAUGGUUCCGAUUUCGAUGGAACCGAGACCAAAAAUGAUUAGUUCCACUCAUGGCUAGAGGUGCCAGUCGAUCGACUGGGCCACUACCAACCACAUGUGGCGACACUAGAAUAGAUAUUUGAUUUAUAAAAAUUUUCGAGUUCUCAAAUCAUUUUUUUUGGAAAUUUAACUCUCAAAUUUCUUUUCAAAAAGAUUCUCUCUUUUCCAUUUCUCGAAAUUAAGAAAUUUUUUUAUAAAAUUCCUCGAAAAACUUCACCGAUCAAUGUAUCGGCUUAAGGGCCCCUCCCCCUCACAAAAUCCAUUUUUUGGAAAAGUAAUCGUAGUCGAAUUUUUAUCAUAGAAAGAUGCAGCGAAGUUUCCUCUUUCAGAAUAUAUAUAAUUUUUAAAAAAAGGUCAAAUUUUUAUAGACCUUCGUAUGAGAUUUCCAUCUCAGUACCCGGUUUUCGGAGAGGUUUUCGCGAUUUUUGUUAUUUUUGGGAAGACUACUUUUUGACUUCUAUCAUCAUGGAAUAAAUAUUCUUAUAUCAUAUAGUACGACCUGUAGUGCUGGCUUACGCCAUCCAUUGCGUGCUUUCAAAAAUUCCACAUAAAUAUUAUCAAUAUACCAUUAUUUUCUACAUUUGAAUGAAAACUCCAUUUCUAAAACUUCUUUGGUGCUUUUCUCAGAAUACGGUUUCUUAGCAGGAAAAUUGGGAUCACUCUGUCCCGGCCCUGGGUAUUAUUCAAUAUAUUUUUUUUGUUUUAAAACUCUCGAUUACAGUAAACUUUUGUCCGAACGGAUUUUUGAAAGUUGAUUCCUGGGCUGAGAAAAGUGGAAUUUACUGUCGUUAGACUACCAUUUUUCUGCUAAUUUGAAGACCCUUGCGCUAAAAUGCUCAUAAAAAAUGAAUAGGACGGAAUAUCAAAAUUCUGUUCGAACAAAAAUUGCUUACUGACAUGUACUUUAAUUUGAAACCAGCCUGAGCUCUCUAGCUUUUCUUAUGACGGAGUUAUACCGAUUUUCCUGAAGGCCAAAAAUGACCCAUGAAUCAGCUGGAAAUGCGGUCUAGUAUGACCAAUCGAGCUGAAAUUUUUACCAGAAG